AUGGAGGACGAACAUCCUGCGCCUAACUCGGAUCGCACCUAUGCCAGCGACUUGGAGCAGGGGAACGUUUUCGGGAGCAGCCCCUCCGAGCGACACAGUUUCAGCCGCCUUGAUGGCAACCGAGCGGGUUCCAUUGGGGAUGAGAUGGAUAGUGAUGUAGCUGUUGAUGAAGAGGACCGGAAUGCGGGUAUGGAGGUACUCGGGUUGUUCUCAGUCAGGGCGCGCUCUCGGGCUCGAGUGCGCAGCGAUAACCGCGACGGCAGUGACAGUGGUAGUGCUCUUGACGAGGGCGUCGACGACAACAGCGACGAUCAUGGCGAUGAUAUUGCUGGAUUCGGUGAGAGCGACGAUCUAUCGGGAGACGUGGACAGCAGUGAUUGCGGUUUUGAAGACGACCAAAACACCGAUGUCGACGCCGCUGGAGAGAGCGACCUGGAAGAGUUUCCGGACCCAGCUGAAGGAGAGCUGGACUCGUUUCGCCACGACGUGGAUGCCACCGAUGAUGACUUGGGAGAAGAAAACGCCUCUGAUGCGGACGCUUCAACCUUUGGCGAUGGCAUGGAUCACGACGACGACGACGAAGACGAAGACAACGACGACGAUGAUGAUGACGAGGGCGAGGACGACGACGACGACAACGAUAACGUUGACGAAGAGGAAGACGACGGCGACGACAUGCCAAGUGAUGAUGAGGAUGCUGAGUAUUCUCAAUUUUUCGGCGUUGAACAGGAGAUGCUUUCCCUCAUGGAGCAGCGCGGAUCUGCCUGGAUGGAGGGUAUGCCGGCAGCGCACCUCCAAGCAUUGCGCAGAGCCGACAUCCAGGCUCAACGUCUUAUGCAGCGCUUUCGGAAUGCCGAUGAUGACAUGGAAGUGUUCGUGGUCUGGCGUAAUGGACAGGAAGCUGGCGAAAUACUCGCAGAUCGCGAUGAGGAUGCUUCUCUACCUGGUCUAGGUAUACAUUUUCUUAACAUGACCAACGAACAGCCAGACUGGGCUGAAGGUUUCGGUCUGGGAAUCGCCGCAGCGAAUGCGAUGUUGCUUAGCGACCCGAGCAGCGAAGCGUUGCGGCCAUACGCGCCUGCGCGGCUAGAGCUACCGCAACCGCCGCGCGUUGAGAGCGAUUCGCGAUCACCGUCCGAACGUAACUUGUCGGUCGCAGGCAACGUGCUGGACGGCUUGGGCAGUCGCCGACACAGCCCGGGCGCGACUCUGGGCAACAUCUUGUUGUACGGUUCGGGUGCACACUGCCAAAGUUGCCCGAGAUCAGCGCGCGAGGCGCUCUCAGCGCUUUGCCGUUCUGACGGCUUGCGCGCCCUGCUGGCGUCGAGCUCGGCGGUUGCACCGACCGCACUCAUGAUGCGACGCAAUAUCAGUUGUGGGGACUGCGGUCUCCGCAAUGCGGCGGACGCUCGAAUCCAUGAUUUCGCGGAUCUCGUACUGCGAAGUCCAGCGUUCACAGAGAACCUUGGCCACGGCAUCGCAGCUGCAUAUUUGGUCAGCAAAAUGAAUCCGCCUCCAAAGGAAUCCGAGCAGCUGUGGGAUCUUGCAUCCCUUGGAACCGUGCUCGCUGGAGCGCAUUUUCAUCCACUCUUUUGGGACGGCGCUCGCGGCAAGAGUUCCGAGUCGCCACUGCCGGGCUUGUAUCGCGCACCACCUGCGCUGUCGAUUCGGUUCUCUGAGGAUUUGUUGGAAGCGCUGCUGGGGCUGCCUAUUGGUCCACUGCUGGGCAUCGAUCGUUUCGGAACGCUGGCGGUCACCGGGACGCGCCAAAGGCGGCGAGAUGUGCUGCGUCUGUAUCGCGCGUUUGGCAGCUGCUCGCUGCGGCGUGGCGCACCGUACGAUGCGCUCAGUGGCCUCGAUACCCAUGCACGUCAUCUGGAUACCCAGCAGAAGCGCUUCGCAGCGCUCCACGAGGAAAUGCGAACACUCUGGCGCGAUGAGCGCGUCCGUAGGGAGCGAGCCCAACUUGACGACGAGUACCGCCGUCUCGUUGACGAAGAGCAAGCGCAGGCCUCGGAAUCCUGUGCGAAUGGCAGGCAGGGCGAGCCCGACGUGCCCAUGGAACGCUCAGAGCAGCAGGAGCAGGAGCAGGUGCUGCCAGCACCUGGCACGGAGAUGGAGGCCGCUAGCUCAUUGACUGGUUCGCUUCUGGAGCAUGCGUCUGCUGCGAGUCCGUCACACCCAGCCAGCAGCGGUAUGCUUACGGGAGCUGCGGAGACAUCAGACUCGGCCGUUGUGCUGUCUAUGCAAAUCGACGAUUUGCCGGGCGCUACUCAAGUGCUGGGUCCCGACGCACCUGAACCUGCAGCGAGCGGUGCAGUCGAGCUCAGUUCGGACGCCGAAGUGCGAGCGCCGCCUGUAUCGGACUCUACGACCGAUCAAGAGGCAGGGACGCGUUCCAUCACCGAGUCCGAUAUGGAGCACGUGGCGCGCACUGUCGGCAUUGACCCCACGGUGCUCGUCGAGUUACCUCCAGAUCUCCGACGAGAAGUCAUUCAGCAAAACCUCGCCCAGAUUCGGAGCAACCCAGCAUUUCUGAGCUACCUGCCGGUGAAUGUGCGACAGGAAGUUGAGGAGGCAGCUGCCCAGCUUGAUCGCCUUCGUGGCUCCGCAGCCGAGAUGGAUAACGCUUCCUUUUUGGCAACGUUGCCCACUGCGCUGCGCGAAGAGAUCUAUCUAACCUCAGACGAAUCGUUUUUGCAGUCAUUGCCGCCGCACUUGGCGGCCGAAGCUCGCGCAGUCCGCGAUCGUCGGCGAUCAUUAUCAUCAGCAUCAGCAGCAGCAGCAGCUGCUGCUGCUUCGGCGUCGUUUCUUGGACCCAAUGAUCUCACUUCUGGUGCGAGCGAAAUUUCAGCGCUCAUGUCAACGCCGCAAGUCAGCGCGCGAAAAAGCUGUGGCCUUGUCCUGGUCACGCAGUUGGAUGUGCUGGAGAAGGCGCUGCGCUCGCCCGGAGUCUGCUGCCCGCUGCUCGCGAAUACCGUGCGUCUGCUUUGUUACGAGCCAACGACACGGAUGCGCAUCAUUCGACUAGCCUGGCGGCUCGUGGAAUGCCAGCGCCCAGACGAUGCGAGCACCGCUGGAAGAAGUGCAGAGCUCGUGGGCAGCUUGCUGCGCUUUAGUCCAACGAUAGCGCUAGAUCUGGUCGCCGCCGAUGGCGAUCAGCCGUUGAUGCACCUGCUCCAGAGCAUUCCCAAGGCUGUUCGAUUCGGCGGACGCCAUUGCCACCGUCUGCUGGAGGUGCUGCUUGCGACGACCAGCCUCUUCGUACAACUGUUACGAGGCCAGGUUCCACAGCGUGGUCUGCAAUUGGAACCCGCCCAGCCGGAUGCCUCGAUGACGUUGCCAGUCGUUCCGCCGGUGGUCGCUCCGGGGGUGCUCAACGACCUGGCGAUUGCCUUGCAGGUUCCGGAUCUAUCUGCUCGCUCCUGGGACCGUUUGCUCUCCAUCUACGAGUACCUCUAUGGCGAAGAGCAGAAUCGUGAUACUGUCAUCCAGUGUCUCGUUCAGAUUGCGGGAGCGCUAAUCGAACCGGUGUGUGCUGCCAUUCGCGAAGAGCCCGGCUUACGGCCGUGUGAGAGCUUCUUCGUCCAGACAGUGAAGAGUGUUGCGCAGCUGGUGCGUCCGCAUCUCGAGUGCCUGCAGGUGCUGGAGCCGGUAUGGACGUGCCUCGAGGAGCAGUUGGCCGCGGGCGCAGGUGCGGGUCCACCGGUGCGCCUCUCGCGUCUCAUUGAGUGCUACCUUCAGGCGCACAGUAUCCGCUUGCCGGACCUGUUAGCGGAUCUCAACCAACCGCCAGUGCUGGAGAGCAACCCCUCGCUGCUGGCGCGUUCGGAGUCUGCGUCAACGUUGCGCUCGUCGACAACGACAACAACAACAACAACGACAAAUGGCGUUACGCUGCCCGAGUCGGUCAUGGCGAUCGACCGUGAACUCGCAAGCUUCCUGGAGCGGCACACGCUGCAGAUCAAUCAAUUACUGCAAUUGAAUCCGGCCCUGUUUCGUCAGGGAUUUCAAUCGACGCUCUUGCAUGCCCGCUUUCUGGAAUUCGAAAACAAGAAAGUGUUCUUCCGGCACGUUAUCCAGGAACAGCGACGCGCGAGUCGACAAUCGCCCGUGCGUCUGCUCGUGCGCCGCGACUGCGUUUUCGAGGACAGCUAUCAUCAGUUACGGCCGCGCAGCGCUGCGGAGCUUCGUGGAACCCUCACCGUCCAGUUCGUUGGCGAGGAAGGCAUCGACGCCGGUGGACUUUUGCGCGAAUGGUACGUGAUCCUGGCUCGCAAGAUCUUCGACGAGAAUUACGCGCUCUUUCGCCGUUGCGUCGGCAAAAGCGCUGCAUACCAUAUCAACGAAUGUUCGUAUAUUAACGAGGAUCAUCUGGGCUUUUUCAAGUUCAUCGGACGCUUCAUCGGCAAAGCGCUCUGGGACGGUCAACUCCUGGAUGCCUAUUUCGCUCGCUCCGUUUACAAGCACAUGAUCGGCAUAAGGCCUUCGUACCACGAUAUUGAAGCGAUCGACCCGGAAUACUACGCCAGUCUGGUGUGGAUGCUCGAGCAUAACAUCGCUCACGUGCUGGACUUGACCAUGGCGGCGGAGCUGGACCAGUUCGGAGAGCUCAAAGUCGUGGAUCUGGUACCCGGCGGCCGCCAUAUUCCCGUAACCGAGGAGAACAAAUGGGAAUACGUACGACUCAUUACCGAACUCAAAAUGACCAAAGCCGUGGAGCCCCAGUUGCAGGCGUUUCUCGAAGGGUUUCACGAAAUGGUACCGCGCUCACUCAUUGCCAUGUUCAGCGAUUACGAACUGGAGUUGCUUAUCUCCGGUCUGCCCGAGAUCGAUACCGCUGAUCUCAAGAUGCAUACCACGUACAGCGGCUACCGACCGUCGAGCCCACAGAUCCAGUGGUUCUGGCAAGCGGUUGCCGAGAUGGAUCGUGACGAUCGCGCACGUCUCGUGAUGUUCGUCACCGGCAGCAGCAAGGUACCGCUGGGCGGCUUUGCGAACCUCCCCGGUAUGAAUGGCGGUGUUCAGCGCUUCCAGAUCCAUCGCGUUGCUGGUGAUACCGAUCGUCUGCCGAGUGCACAUACCUGCUUUAAUCAACUUGAUCUCCCUGAGUAUAGCAGUUAUGAAAAGCUUCGCGAACGCUUAUUGACAGCAGUUCGUGAAGGCAACGAGGGUUUCGGGUUUGGUUGA